CUUAAGCCACUUCACCCUUAAACCACAACUCCACACCACUUUGUCAUCGGUGCUUUGGGUUUAAGAGGAUAUCAAAUCUAUACUCGACAAUCAACUUUUAAAUUAGGACAUUUAGGAUAAAAAAAACCAGCCCUCAAUAAUAAUAUGGGAACGGAAAACAUUUGUUUUUUGACCAUUUGGAUAACUUUGGGAAACAUCUUUGCAACUUUUUCUUCCAGUGUUGAACCUGCCACCACAACUGCUUUUGUAAACACCACCGUCACCUCUACUCCUCUGCCAACCACCACUGAAUGGCUCACAGACCUUUCUGACAUCGUGUCCAAGUUCUCCCUGCGCACCGCCGAGCUGCCAGACGAUGACAUGUGCUACAUCGUGCCCGGCAGACCACAGACCAUCAAAGAGUGUGAAUUCAACACAGAAACGCAGACCUUCAUUGUGAUACACGGCUGGACGGUGACAGGAAUGUUCGAGAGCUGGGUGCCAAAGCUGGUGUCUGCUCUGUACGAGCGCGAGCCCAGCGCCAACGUGAUCGUGGUGGACUGGUUGACCCGCGCCAGCCAACACUACCCCACGUCUGCAGCGUACACCAAGCUGGUGGGCCGUGACGUGGCCAAGUUUGUUUCCUGGCUGCAGAAAGAGCUGGAGCUGCCCUGGGAGAGGAUCCACCUGCUGGGUUACAGUCUGGGGGCUCAUGUGGCUGGGAUUGCAGGAGACCUCACUGACCAAAAAAUCAGCAGGAUCACAGGUCUGGAUCCUGCUGGUCCCACCUUUGAGCACGCAGACGAGCAGAGCACGCUGUCCCGAGGCGAUGCCCAGUUUGUGGACGUCCUGCACACGAACACUAGGGGUUCUCCGGACCGCAGCAUCGGCAUCCAAAGACCCGUGGGACACAUCGACAUCUACCCUAAUGGAGGCACCUUCCAGCCGGGCUGCGACAUCCAGAACACCCUGAUGGGGAUUGCGUCAGCGGGGAUCAAGGGCCUCCAAAACAUGGACCAGCUCGUCAAAUGUUCCCACGAGCGCUCCAUCCACCUGUUCAUCGACUCCCUGCUGAACUACGAGCGGCAGAGCAUGGCCUAUCGCUGCAACUCCAAAGACACCUUCAACAAGGGGAUGUGCCUCAGCUGCAGGAAGAACCGCUGCAACAAGCUCGGCUACAACAUCAACAAAGUCCGCACGGCUCGCAGCACAACAAUGUACCUCAAGACUCGUGAAAUGAUGCCCUACAAAGUUUUCCACUACCAAGUGAAAGCGCACUUCUUCAGCCAGGAGAAACUGAGCUUCAGCGAGCAGCCGAUGAAGAUUUCACUAUAUGGCACCCUUGAAGAGAAGGAGGACAUCCCUUUCAUUCUACCAGCCCUGAAGGACAACACCACCUUUUCCUUCCUCAUCACCACCGACGUGGACAUUGGUGACCUCAUGAUGGUUAAGCUGCGCUGGGAGAAGGACGCCAUCAUCAGCUGGUCCAGCUGGUGGGGCAGCAACAAGUUUCACCUCCGCAAGCUUCGCAUCAAGUGCGGGGAGACUCAGUCCAAGGUUAUCUUCGAUGCAAAGGAUGGGGAGUUUGCUUACCUUGUUCAGGGAGGAGAAGAUGCUGUUUUUGUCAAGUCCAAAGAAGACAACCAGAGCCGCAAAGAAAGACGGAUGCACAGGCUCAAAACGCAGGGCAGCCUUUUUAAGCAGAACGACGCUUGAAGCAAACUUGAAGAUUUCCCAUCAUGCAACUCACCCAUCUCUAGCGACACAGCCUAAGAUGGACAGCACACAGAAACACUGGAAAACCUUUGCAAACACCGGACUCUCAGUGAAUGCUCCUUUUGUCCCCCGUCAUUUUCCAGAUUUUCUUCUUUACCCCACCCCCCCGGUGAAACAUCAUGACUUCUCAUCUCUUUAUCCAAACUCUGCUGAUGGAACUGUCAAUGGUUGCUUCCUUACGAUGUUCUUGCAUUUUUUUUUUACCAACAACAAAAUUAUCCCAAGAGUGGCUUUUGCUGCUUUAUAAUCAUUGUUAUGCUUGUGUAUCCUGUAUGUACUGUUUUUACUGACUUUGUUACACUCUGAAACCUCUGAAAUUAUGUUUCCUGUGCCAAUGUGAACUUGAAUUAUUGAUAAAUUGUUAAUGAUUCAUUGUGAUGGGCAGAAUUAUAGCACAUCUUUAAAUGUGUUUUUGUUUUUUAUGCGUUUUGUCUUUUUGUGCCAAGAGUUGUGUCUUUUUAUAUCACUAAAAUGCCAACAAUCAACAGGGACCAAAGAACCACUUCCUAUCUAUGGAACAGAGAAUCACAGUGUUCUUUUUUACAUACUGUAACUAACAUCAGUAUUUGUUCUUAUAAUAUGAGUUGUGUUCACACCUUAUCUUUGGAGGCCUUGUUUGUUUUUUUAAUCGUGCUCGGUUUUGUGUCACUGGUCACUUUAGAAAGACCAUUUAGAUGUAAAGAAUAUGUUGAUUGCACUCCACUAGGGAUUUGCAUUCCUUAAUUCUUAUUUUUAUAUAUAUAUAUAAAAAUUAACUUUAGCCACUUUUAUAUUCAUCCAGAAAAGUUCAACUUAAGAGUUGUUAACUCUGUCUCGCUCGAGGCGGUUUACGUUGUUAAGCUUAGCUUUUAGCAUUAAGUUUUUCCCACCCUUAAAAAAGACAUGCAAGCCUUUGAAAUCUGUCAUGAACUGACAUCAGUAACGCCCAUAAUACAUUAAACAAAACCUUUAUAAUGUAUUUAUUGAUUGUACAUUUAUAUAUUUGUAUAUAAAGCUGUAAUAUAUGUUGGCUGGCUUGCAGAUUUGUUCUGUGUUUCUUUAAGUAGAGCCAUUUGUGUUUUUUCUUGGACGAGGUUUUGGAAGCAUCAAUCAGAUUGAACUCCAUGCCAGCUGCUGAGUGCAUUGACUUUAUGAGCCGAAAUCCUGUGCGCUGUUUAAAGAAAGAGGCCAAUUACAUGACCUAAUAAAGUGUAUACCCAACAUUAAAAU